GUGUGUUAGUGUACUGCUGUCGCGGAGGCGAUCGCGCCGGUAUUCGAGCAGGCCGCACGUGACCGCGAUACAAGCACGCUGUCAGGAGCCUAGUCCAGGUUCAAUUCAGCUUCCACUGGCAGUCAACCGUAACUGUAACAUCCACUGCAAUUCACCGUGUGCACAAACGUAUAGCGUGUACUAUCGACUCGGCCUCCUGUAUCAUAGUAUCAGUCUGGAUCAACUGGCCAUCUGUCGAUCUCUAACCCGAACAUGAACGGCAUUGCUCACAAAGCCUUGCGCAUGGAUGAUAUCCUUCACGCGAUCUUCAAAUCGGAUGCUUGGUUGCAAUUCAAGGACGAGGACGAUCGACGCAGAAACUUCGCGCGAAUUGCCCGUACCUGCAAGGCGUUCUCGCACUACGCGGUACCGGCCGUGUGGAGAAGUCUGCCGUCGUUGCACCCCUUGCUGUCUCUGCUCGCUCCCCUUCGCCUAGAUCGGACUGAUGAGGAGUGGCUUGAAUCGGAUCACUACGAGUCGGGCGAUCCUCCCGAGCGUAAUAAAGGUUAUUCUUGGGUAUUCGAUGCGCCAUUCGCGCCAGGCAGUGUUGCUCGUUUCCAAGAACACGCUGCCUUCGUCCACGCCCUCAAUAUCCAUCGAUUUCCACGGCUUGAUUCAUCUAUAUUCUUUGCUCUCGAGUAUGCUGGGCUCUAUGGCCCAUUGCUAACGGCGCUCAAGAUACUCGACUGCCAAACCUCCCCGUUUAUGUGGGAGGCAAUCAAAUGGGUAGCUGGGCCAUCCUUACGCUCCUUAUCCUGCAACCUCCGCCUCGAGACUAUUGACACUCCUGACGACUACCUAAUUUUGGCGGCCGCCCCCGGAGAAGCGCAUCGUAUGGAGAGGCUUCUGCGCGACUUCAAGUCAUCUUCUCCACUCCUCGACACUCUGUGUGUCUCUGACGAUGACCUGGAGUGGGAUUUGAGUCAGAUUGUACCUGCGUUCACAAAUCUCCAGAAUUUGGAUCUCUCGGAGUGCAGGUUCGGCAGAAUCACCAUUGAGUCCCUCCUGUCUCUGGACGCGCUUCCACAUCUCCACACCCUACGUCUCCCCAGGAUCCCUCUGAUCGUCGGCCAACGUGCAUCCGUCCCGAGCAGUGUAUCUCGUUUGGAGAACUUACACAUCGCUGGGAGCACACUCAGUAUCGCUCAAAUCAUGCAAACCAUUCAUCCUUCCCAUCUCCGCCUCAUCUCCAUCUCGGGGUUUUUUGACUAUUCCGCUAUUGCACGCGAUGUGCUCGAACCCGUCUGCAUUCGCUGCGCCGGUACGCUGAAGGAGGUUCGAUUGCAUUGCGACGGUGACUAUCCCAAUGAUCACAGUCUCGCCCUCAUGGACGUCCUUCAGCCUUUUGUACCGGCACGCAGCAUCCACACAUUCGCCAUGUACAUUCAAGGUAACAGCCCCUCUGUACCAGACGCAGAUCUGCGCACGCUCGCACAACUCUGGCCAGCACUGCGCGUCUUCGAAUUGGGGAGUUCCAAUGGACCUUACAUGACGGAGAAGCCGAGUUUACAGGCGAUGGUCGACCUGGCGCACGCUUGUCCGGAACUAGAAGAGAUCAGUCUUCCCUGCGCCGUCUGGCCAACCAUCGACGAGAAGCCUGAAGACGAGGAACGGUACGCCACACACUGCCGCUCAAACAAUGUGAAGGUAGUAAGAGUUGGAUAUAUCUGGACCACUGUGAACGGACACGACGACCCAGCUAGAUCGAAGGACAUCCGUGGAAUAGCGCGUAUGUCAAAUCAUCUGUUCCCUGCCCUCGAAGUUCGGCGCUCCAGGGAGAUGCCCAGGCUCAAGCAUGAGUUCUCGGAAUUCAACUCAAGGAGAGGAAUGUGGUCCUUGGUUUUGGAUGCCAUCGAAGAUAUGCGAGGAGGCCGAUGAGACUGAGAGAUUUAGCGGUACUAUGGCUCUCAUCUAUAUUUAUUACAUGAGGAUGGCAGUAGGUUGCGCGGUGAAACUUGAAGCUUGAAGCUUGAAGUGUCUGCUGUGUGCGGCGCGGCCGGGUCGUGACCGUAUCUACAG